GAUACAUGCACUGAGAGACAGAGGCUGCAACUUGGUGUGUACAUCAUGAGCAUGCACACGUGUGUGCACCCGUCCCUUGUUCGAAUGUUCAUGUUUUUCUUCCUGUCCGACUUUCUUUGAUCAAUGGACUGACCAGCAAUUCAGUGACAAAGUGAUAGAUUUGGAUGCAUUGUUGGAUAACCAUCUGUCUCAGGGAAUCACAGACGUUGAUCUUGGUGUGAGCUGGGAAUCCAUGCUUAACUGUCCACUGUGUGACCACAGUGUAUCAUCUCUGACCAGUCUCAAUUCAGUGACUCUUUUGUGUGAGGACUCGAGUCCUGUCCCCUCAGUACAUUCAAUUUCUGCUCAGUGUGAAGGCUUGCUGUUAGGAUAGGCCGACAGCCUACCGGUAUUUCAUCAUGUGUUCCUGGUCCAACCAGCACCUGAUUGUAAGACGGUGACAGCUGAAGUACACACAUCCCCAGUGGGCAGGGAUUACUGCUAAUCUCAGUGCACGCUCCAUGUCUCAAUGAUCUCAACAGGAGGAGCACACUGACACUCAAAAGGCAGCAAUAUAAAAAUUCUGUGAGUAAAGGACCAAAGGUGACAAGUUGCAUCAUACCUGCCGUUAUGCACAUACAGAACUGAUCUGAGAGACACGUGUUUAAAUGUACAUUUAUAAAAUCAUUAAAACAUAUCAGAACACAAAAAGGAAGAUUAAGCCCAGCCAUUCUAGACCUGCAACCCUGCACGUACACAGCAUUAAUAUCCGUAAUAGAAGGCCUGGGUCCUGUCAUUGAUCUGUGAAGCUGUUUAUCCUCUCAACGUUCUGCUGCCGACUUCGCUCCCUUGUGAGACCCACGAAAUUAAAAAUACUCUACCUGGGUAUAGACAUACAUUUGUCUCUGAGACAGUUCAGCAGCAAGGUCAACUUUGAGUCAGAGUGCAUUCCUGACAGAAGUUUGCAUCAGCAGCCAAAUGGGAACAGACCAAAGUUCCAAAAACAUGAAGGACUCCUGUACCCCUUGUCAUUACAACAAAGUUCCUCAACACAAGAUGUCGAACGGUAAAUCAUCAGAUGCGAGGUAUCGCGGGGUGCCAAAGGACAGCGACUGCAAUGGCUCCGUUGUCGUGGAGGAGAGUACGGUGUCCCUGAAGAAGCGAGUCGGUCUCGUCAGCGGGACUGCGCUAAUUGUUGGAACAAUGAUUGGGUCUGGUAUAUUUAUAUCACCAAAGGGAGUAUUACAUGGCACAGGCUCCGUGGGAUUGAGUUUGAUGGUGUGGGGCGGAUGUGGCCUCAUCUCGCUGUGUGGAGCCCUGACUUACGCCGAGCUCGGUACAAUGAUCACCAAGUCCGGAUCGGAGUAUGCCUACAUCCUGGAGGCCUCCCACUCAAUUAUGCCCAAGUGGCUGGCUCCCAUCCCCGGCUUCCUGUUUGCCUGGGUGUCCAUCCUCAUCCUGAAACCAGCACUGUUUGGAGUUGUGGCCCUUAGUUUUGGCAUCUACGUAGCGGAGCCGUUCUUUGAUGGUUGCAGUCCACCAGGAUACCUUGUGAAGCUCAUCUCCAUCUUGUGUAUGAUGGUAGUGUCCUUCAUCAACUGCUACAGUGUGGAGUGGGCUACGAAGGUCCAGAAUUUCUUCACGUUCGCCAAGCUGCUGGCUCUGGUUAUGAUCAUAGUUGGAGGGUUCUACAAGAUGUCUAAAGGAAACACUGAGUUUCUCUCAGAGGGGUUUGAGGACACAGUCAAGUCUCCAUCACUGAUAACGCUGGCGUUUUAUGAUGGCCUCUGGGCCUAUGAUGGAUGGAACAACUUGAAUUACAUCACUGAGGAGCUCAUCAACCCUAAUGUAAACCUGCCACGCUCUAUCAUCAUCGGAAUCCCCCUGGUGACAAUCUGCUACUUGCUGACCAACGUGGCGUACCUCAGCAUCAUGUCCAAGGAGGAACUGUUGGCCUCAGACGCUGUAGCAGCGACCUGGGGUGGCAGAGUGCUGGGCCCAGCGGCAGUGUUGAUACCUAUAUUUGUUGCGUGUUCCACCUUCGGGGCAGCAAAUGGGUCGUGUUUCACUGGAGGAAGAUUGGUGUACUCAGCUGCUCGUGAGGGCCAUCUACCAGAGAUCCUCUCCUAUGUGCACAUCAGACAGUACACACCUCUACCAUCGCUAGUCUUUACAACGAUCAUCGCCAUAGUGAUGAUCAUUCCUGGUGAUAUCUUCAGCCUGAUAGACUUCUUCAGCUUUACAGCCUGGUUGUUCUAUGGAGCCACAAUGGCAUCGCUAAUUAUUCUUCGCUUUACGCAAAAAGAGAGAACUCGACCAUAUAAGGUUCCUAUAUUUAUCCCGAUCAUCACAUUGUGCAUCUCAGUGUACCUGGUGAUAGCACCGAUAGUACAGAAUCCCAGGAUAGAGUUCUUCUACGCCUUCAUGUUCAUCAUUGGCGGGCUUGUCUUCUACGUACCCUUUGUACACUUUAAACUCAAAAUCCCAUGUUUAGACCGAGUGACGACAUGGCUUCAAAUGGUGAUGGAGGUUGCACCAAGCAAGUACGCGCCAGCAGAAUAACAGAUGUUAGUUGUAUAUACUGUUGUAUCUUCUUGUAUAUAUCUGUACAAUGUAAUAGACACGUGACAGUACAGCUCUGACAGCGUACAACUCAUCAGUACAACUUUUCUGAAUCAUGAAUAUGUGAAUCAUGAAUGAUCUCCAUCUGUAAUUCAAUGUUACCGUUCCCAGGAGUUCUCAGCAUUACAACACAAUAGCCUAGGAAUGAGGUACCUACAUGUUCAUCCUUGUCUUAUAAUCGGGAGAUCUUCCCUCACGUUUCUUUGCCAAUAGGACCUCGUCCUACACUUAGAAGUUGUACUUCAAAGGUACCAUAGGAUAUAAAUCCGUGUCGUGUAUGAAGCUUGUACAUCAUAGUUGUAACUAUAGACGUUUACAAAUGGUUUGUAGCUUAUGCCAAAGAGUUGACCAUCUAAAAGCUGAUUCAAAUGUGCCAUGCUGCAAUAGUAUGUUGUUGGUGCCGACUGAGGGAUAAAGCACCCAGUACAAGUAUUUAGAAGUAGUUGAUUCUGAAGAAUGGUUCACGAGCACUGCCUGAACAAGGUUGUUGGUGCUGAAAGAAGAGCUGCAAGUUGUAAGGAAUUGCUGGCGCCACUAGAGAAGUUGGCACCUAUGGAAAAUUGGACAGAUGUACCAUAGGUGCUAAGAUUUGUGUGAAGUCAUUUCUGCCAUUGUAUGUCUGGUAAACUUGUCAAGAGCUGUAUGGAAUUGAACCCUUGCGCAAGCUGAAUUGAAUGCAACCUGUUGCAAGCUGAAUUGAUUGCACCUUGGUUCAAGUUGUAUGGAGUUGCACCCUGGUGCAAGCUGUGUGGAGUGAAGAUGUAUGGAGUUGCACCAUGGUGCAAACUGAAUUGAAUGCACCCAGGUGAAAGCUGUGUGGAGGUAUCACAAAUGGUUAGGUUAGCCUUUGUGUAAACUGAAAACCUAUGGAACUGCUGGCGCCAAAGACUAGGUUGCAGUUUUUGUGCAAAUUGCAUUGAGUUGUUGGUGCUGCAUGAAAACAUUUUACCUCAAUGCAGUUUGCACAGAGUAUGCAGCAAUGGUUGAGGUCUGCCCUGUGCGAAGUUGUAUGUAGUUGAUAUUUCAUUAAAACAUCUUCCAGUGCAGAGAACAAUUCUAAUAUUUUGAUCAGUGGAGUAUUUUUAUGAAUAUAUUUUCCCUUUAUAUCUUUAAUAAAAUGUGAUACAAUAAAACACUAUAUAUUUGUUCCUGAGAGAUAAGUCAUACAGUUAAUUCUUCCAAACUGUCAAACAAUCACAAACUGUCAGGGUCGUCACUGUGGAAUGGCCAGUAGAUGUCUACCCAAUAGGUUUAUGGAUCUGUAACUCUGUGUUGAUUGUCCAUUGUCAGACUCCAGACUUGGCAUUCUUAAACAUUUCACCAAUGCAAUAUGUAUUGUGUCUCAAAACAUAGUCAACGUUACAUUUUAUGGUCUUCAAAUAUGGUAUUAAUUGCAAGGGAAAGUUUUGAUGAAUGAUUAAGACUGUCUCCAUGAACCUGUACCUUUAACACUUUAACAAUCACCAUUUUGACUUUGUCAUGUGAAUUCUUAUAAUCAGUCAGAUCAUGCAUGUGUGUCUUCAUAACAUAUUUAACUUAACACAGAAGAAAACUUGAGUGUUGUUUUACUGUUUUAUGAAAUGGAGCUAAAAUUAUACAAUUUUAACUAUGUUCAAAUAUUAAUGAAACUUGUGACAUAUAAUUUACCCAAUAAACUGGAACUAACACAA